AUGUCCGCGACCUUUCUUAUUCUUUGCCUUCUCUGCAUCGGCGGCUCCGUCCGAGCUGGCGAUGGAUCCGAAGAUAUCGCACAAGGAUACAUCAGAGGAAUGAUCUUCGCUAUCGGCACCCAAAACCCAGACAGGAUCUCAAAGCGGUUCGCGGAGGACUUUGUGUUCACUGAAUGCAAGGGAGAAUACAACAAGAGUGGGGAGAGGGCGGUCUCCAAUUUCCAUGAAUGCCAUUUUCAGAUCAGGUCGUGGCUCUGUUGAGAAAGGUCCCGAAAGGCUCCGACUUUGGCAUUGCCUUCAAGGACUCGCACUAUCUGAACCAGAACGCAGACAUCCUCUUCACAGUCGUCGUCACUGGAUUCGGACCCGUCAUCGAAGCUGAGUUCACCCUCCAGCUUAACAACAGACGCUAUUCUCUGAUCAGCGGAAAGAGGUCCAACUGCUGCAGUUGCUCCAGAAAACUCUCUGUUUCCGUUUCUGAUUCCGCCAAUGACAUCGUCAAAGAGUUCCUCAAUGAUCUUGUGGGCUCUCUCACAGCAGCAGAUGAGGAGAGACUUUCUAGUCUUUUCACGGAGGAUUUCAAGUUUUUCGGAUGCAAAGGAACGUACUACAAGGAGGGCGUACUCGCAAUGCUCACCAAGAUCCCCAAAGGGACCGACUUCAAUAUCACACUGCUCGUGGCUGACUUUCUGAACGAUAACCACGACAUUGUCUACCACGUGAAUGUUUCUGGAUUCGGAGACGACAUCACCGCCUUCUUCUUCCUUCUGAACAUCGACGGACGGUACAUUCUAUCGAGAGGAAAGAUCAAGAACUGUGUCUCUCGUUAUUAUUCGGAGGACGGUGGCGCACUGAUGAUCGCUCGCGCCUUCACCGACGCUUUGAGAUCUGCGGUUCAGUCCGGGGACCCGGCGCGAAUGGGAAAGUUGUUCUCCGAUUUGUUCGUGUUCAAUGGAUGCAAGGGAAACUACACAAAGCAGCAAGUUCUGCACAUGCUCAGCCAGGCCACGGAUCUCACGUUCCGUCCUCUGAACGCCCAUUAUCUGACCAAUGCGGCCGACAUUGACAUCCAUUUGGAACUCGGUGUGGACAUUCCGCAACUGUCCACGAGCGGAGACGCCUUUUUUGUGAUCAGCAACAACGGAAGAGAGUAUUUUUUGACGAAUGGACGGUACAGCAGAUGUUCCGCGGAUCUCGUGGCUGCUGGCGAUCGAUCGGAACGGAUCGUCGGUGGAUUCCUGCUCACCCUGCAGAAAGCGAUCAGAUCCGGAAGCAAGACGGUGAUCGGCUCAUUUUUCGAGGACAAGUACACGUUCCACGGGUGCAAAAAGGACUACUCCAAGGGUAAAUAUCUCAAAUCAAACGCCCACCGUAUCCUGAUAUUUCCAGAAGAAGUGGUUAACAUUCUGAGCAGAAUUUCACCAAUCUACCCCGUCAACAUCGUCUUCAAGUCGUCGAACUUCCUCGCCGGCGGCAAUGACAUCGAGUACCACGUGACGGCCUCUGGACUCGGACUGUCCGACGCUCAGUUCGUUCUGCACAUCUCCGGAGACAAGCACGUUCUGAGCAGCGGAAAAAUUGAGAAGUGCUCAGAACAAAAAUUCAAUUAUUUGAAAAAGUAA